GACAGGAGCAGUCAGUAGCAGAGCUCAAGCUCCUCUUCAGAGAGACCACAGCAGAGAUACAGCCAUGGCACCUACUGUCACUGUACCCAUGACCUACUCUUCUGAGCAUCUUACACUGAACAAUAAGCAGAGAAAGCCUUUGGUUGAGAAGUUGCGCAGAGAUCGCAUCAACAACAGCAUUGAACAUCUCAAGACUCUACUGAGCCAGGAGUUCCUAAAGCAACAUCCAGACUCCAAGCAGGAGAAAGCUGACAUCCUGGAGAUGACUGUCCACUUCCUGAAACAGAAGCAGCAGCAGCAACCCUCCACCUGCUCCACAGCAGCCAAUGAGGGCUACUCCAGGUGUAUGCAGGACGCUGUCAACUUCCUGUCCCAGUGUGAGGUGCAGACACAGUCCCAGAGAAGACUGCUGAGUCACUUCCUACACAUGCUGCCCACAGCGGACAAGAGCACCAGAGUCCAGCUUCAGCCCAGCUCUCCAGUCCGUCACAGCAGCAGCAAACAGAAGACUUCAGGCUGCACUGCACUCUGGAGGCCCUGGUAGAGCCAUGUGGACUCUUUUCAUGUUGACCAACAGAAUUCCUCUUGUCAGUCUGUGACUGACAUGGACAGUAAUUCUAACGAUGUAGGGACUGUGUCCCUUAUGUUCUACAGUUGUAGAAACAGAAUGACCUGCUUUCAUGUAUGGAAAGUCUGUUGCACGAUAGAAAGUGACAUUAUUGACAAAUUGCCAAUUUUGCUUUUAUUUUUGAAAGCUCUUAUUUUAGUGACAUGAAGAACUGUGUAUGUCUUUUAUAGACCAUUUACCUGAAUUUAUAGGUCAGUCUGUGUGAGUUCUAUAACUAUUAACUUCAAUGAAGCUAUGAAUUCAUCCAGAAGGAUUGAGUGAAUUGAAUAUCAAAAAGAAUAUUCUGUACAGUUAUGCACUAUACAUCUCAGUUUUUUGAGAUUACAGUUUGUUCAUUUGAGAUUACAUGUGUUAUCAUGUGUUGAUAAUAUGUCUUGCUAUGUUGUAAUAGCAGUAUGUACUCUUUUUGAGUUACACCAUGCCCUACCCUCUCUACAGUAUUUUGAGAGUAUUGUGUUUCCUGUGGAAACAUUUGCAAAGAAACUUUGUCAAAGUUCUUGAUAUUCAAGAUUUCGGUAAAUUAUUGUAUGCAAUUUUAAAGCUUUAAUUGCUUUUGGACAAUAA